AUGGCGGUUCGCGCAAGGACGCCGCUCCUGCUCGCGGCCCUCGCCGGCGCCGUGGCCCUCCUGCUGCCGGGCGCCGUCGAGGCCCGCGUCCUGCUCUCGCUCGACGACUUCGGCGCCGUCGGGGACGGCAUUGCCAACGACACCCAGGUACGUACGCCAUGUCGCGAGCCAUCUCGGGCGGCACCGGCACGGCGGCGUUCCCUUCCCUUGACCCUCUAUUUGUUUCUUCAUCAGGCAUUCGUCGACGCGUGGAAGGCGGCGUGCGCCACCGGCGGAACCAUCUACCUCAACGUCCCCGCCGGCAAGUCCUACCAGAUCUGGCCCGUCACGCUCGCCGGCCCCUGCCGCGGCGAGAUCAAGCUCAUGAUUUCCGGGAACAUCAUCGCGCCGGAGGACCCGGAAGAGUGGUCGGAUGGCGACCAGGGCAGGUGGCUCCACUUCUGGGGCGUGGGCGACCUGUCGCUGAGCGGCAGCGGCAUCGUCGACGGCCGGGGCCAGCAAUGGUGGGCGGGGUCCUGCGAGGACGAGAACUGCACCACGUACCGCCCAUACGACGUGGCCCCCAUGGCGCUCCACUUCGAGGACUGCCGGGACGUCAGCGUGAAGGGCAUCACGGUGCAGAACAGCCAGCGGCAGCACCUGGUCUUCACCCGCUGCCACGACGUGGAGGCCAACUAUCUCAGGGUGACCUCGCCGGAGUACAGCCACGGCACCGUCGGCGUCCUCGUCGUCAGCUCCACCGACGUGCACAUCAAGCACGAUCUCUUCUCCGUAGGCGGCGACUGCGUGUCGAUCGUGGGCAACUCCUCUGAUAUCCGUCUGAGAGCCAUCUCGUGCGGACCUGGACUCGGCAUUAGCAUUGGAGGCUUGGGCGAGAAGCAAAGUAAUCACAUGGUACACAAGAUCAAGAUGGACACUAUGUUCAUCUCCAACACCAAGAACGGCGUAAGCAUCAAGACCUACGAGAACGGCUGCGGCUUCGCUUGCAAGGUGAAGUUCGCGCACAUCAUGAUGAGGAACGUGGCCAACCCUAUCGUCAUCGACCAGCACUGCUACUCCGCCUCCAACUCCAACCGGGGAACUCCCUGCGGAACUCCGAACGGGAGCGCGGUGGCGGUGGAGAAGAUCAAGUACAUCGACAUCACCGGCACAUCCGCGACGGAGCGGGCGGUCACGUUCGCGUGCAGCAACGCCAUGCCGUGCAAGCACCUGUAUCUGGACGGGGUGAACCUGAGGACCGCCGGCGGGGGGAGCACGUCCGCCUACUGCUACCAGGCGUUCGGGAAGCAUGUCGGGGACGUCCUCCCGGAGUCGUGCCUCGGCAAGGAGAAGGAGGACUUCGUCCAGCUGCAGGCCCCGACCGCCGGCACGCGGCAAGGAGACACCGAAGACGAAGAAGAUGAUGAUUGGUGA